GAAAGAGAAAAAAUAUAAAAGCGUGGCGACUUUCUGGAAAAGGUGGGCGAUAAAAUGUAAAGUAAACGCCGAGGAAUUGGGGGGAGAGAAGAAAAGAAAAAAAAGGCAAAAAAGCGUUCUUGCUGAGUCACGAAAAGCGACUCGUCCACUUUGCAGUAAAGAAGAGAAUCAAGAAAGAGGAAGAGAGUAAAGGGAAGAUCUUGCGACCACACACAACUUGUGGCUCUGGGCUCACUUUUCCACGCUGACGUGGCGUUGCCCACUUCUGGGUUUUAUCACGUUGUGUCGGACGAACAGAUGGAGCUCUCAAACCCGACCCUGACCCGACCUGUCAGAUCUCCCUGCGAGCGAGCGAGUGAAUGAAAGAAAGGAAAGAGAGAGACCCAAUCCCAAAGCCAUAGGAUUUAGUGUUUGUUUUUUGUUUCUUGGAAUCGGAGGUUUGUAUUUUGUAACGUUGGAAGUUGGAAAGAAGAAGAAAAGUGGACGCGAAUGUCGGAUUCGAGUAAAGACCCGGCGAUAAAGCUGUUUGGGAAGACCAUCCAGCUGCCGGAAAUUCCGGCGCCGACGGAGGGCUCUUGCCCGGACGAUGCUGCCGCCGCGCCGCCUUUCGACACUCCCGGCGAUGACGACAGCUCAGCUCGACAUGGCUCCUGUUCAGGAAAUGACCCGGCUGAGGACGGCGGGGGCGGAGAAGAAGAUGAACACCUGCAAAAGAAUCAAAAUGGAGGAAAGUUAGAUGAGAGUAAGGAGGAUGAAUCUUUGAUGGCAGAAGAGUUAACUGAUCAGACUAAUGAGAUGGAGACUGAUGAAUCGAAAACGCCAUCCACCAAUAAAGAUUGUGGAGCGAUGAAAAAGUCGGAGGCGGAGGAACAAGAGAAGGCUCUGAAAAAACCGGACAAGAUUCUUCCAUGUCCGCGCUGUAAUAGCAUGGAGACAAAGUUCUGUUAUUUCAACAAUUACAACGUUAACCAGCCCCGCCACUUCUGCAAGAACUGCCAGAGGUAUUGGACGGCUGGUGGGACGAUGAGGAAUGUACCUGUUGGUGCUGGCCGAAGGAAAAACAAGAAUUCGGGUUCCCAUUACCGCCACGUGACCAUCUCGGAGCCCUUUCCAAGUGCCCGGGUAGACCUUCCGAAUGGAAUCCAGCUUCCUACGAUCAAUCCCAAUGGCGCCCUUCUUUCGUUUGGCUCUGAUACGCCUCUCUGUGAGUCCAUGGCUUCGGUUCUGAACAUCGCUGAGAAAACGAUGCAGAACGGUUCGAUAAAUGGGUUCCACAAACUCGAGGAGCUUGGAGUUCCAGGUUCUCAUGGAGAGGAUCGUUCGAGUGGAUCCUCGGUCACUGCUGCGAGUACCGAGGACGAGAGUGUCAAAAACGAAGUGCCCGACAUGCGGAGACAGAACUGCCCGAGCUUUGCUCCUCAGUUGCCAUGCUUCCCCGGUGCUCCUUGGCCUUAUCCAUUGACUGCAGUUCAGUGGAGCUCCGCAAUACCGGGUGCCCCUCCACCCGGUUACUGCCCUCCCGGCUUUCCUAUGCCAGUUUACCCUGCCCCCGCUUAUUGGGGUUGUGCUGUACCGGGUUCUUGGAGCGUCCCUUGGGUUAGCCCGCCUGGCUUUUCUAUGCCAUCAACUUCGGGUCCUAAUUCUCCAACUUUGGGCAAGCAUUCGCGGGACGAAAACAUGCUGAAACCGGUCAACAGCGAGGAAGAAGAUCCCAAAAAGGAAAGUAAUCCCGAGAAGUGCCUGUGGGUUCCUAAAACCCUGCGAAUUGAUGACCCCGAAGAUGCUGCAAAAAGUUCCAUCUGGGCAACUUUGGGAAUAAAAAACGACAAAGCUGAUUCAGUCGGGAGUGGCCUUUUCAAGGCCUUUCAGUCAAAAGACGACGAGAAGACUGACGCUUCAGAAAACUCGACUGUAUUACAAGCCAAUCCAGCCGCACUAUCCAGGUCACUAAACUUCCACGAGAACUCAUAAGCAGGUAAUCGGGAGGGCCAUAAUUGUUAAUUUUGGUAGCAAUUCCUCCCAAGAAUUGUUCAGCCGAUUAACAAUCUUAGAAGUGGAUGCCCGUAAUUCUUCUCGAGAUCAGACAAAUCUGCUGUUAAUUUUGUUUUCACAGUUCUAUUUCUUAUUCUAUAUUUAUUUUGCUGUCGAGAAAGAAGGUGCUUUUUGGUAGGUAGGUGGCUUGCUAGCUUCUUACUGUCUAGUCGAUGUAUAUAUCUGUAUUCGAUAUAGUGAGAGCUUGAGUGCUUUUGUGUACCGAAAUCACCAACACUGAAAGUAGUUUGGAGAUGAUUAAAAGGUCUUUUUCUUUACAA